AUGCACUGGCAAUCUACUCUGCCUCUACCCCCGGCAUUGGAAGAGUUCCAUAUGGACCUCCCCUUUACCUCUCCCAGCCCUUACAGGGGAAGACCAGCUGCAUUCCGCUUUACCCCCACUCCUGCUGAGGAAGACAGCCCAGGCGAUCGUCAUGACCCCGUGCCAACUGAGCCCGUUCCCGAGCCACCUCCUGCUCCUCCUAGUUCUGACGCCGGCCCUUCUCAACCUUCCUCCUCCGCCCGCCAUCAUUACAGGACCACUAUCCCCUCUGAAGCUGCUCUAGCUCGUCAACACGACACCCCCACGAGCAUUCUGAUGAUGAGAGGCUGCCUCGGCAGUUUGUGGGCGGAGAGCAUGAGUCAAAUGGAUAGCGCGUCGCCAUUAGUUCAGAUGGAUAGGUUCUCGAAGUCCUGGGCUAAAACUCAUGCAGAAUCUUUGGUGCUAAACCAAUCCUUCCACGCCCUCCAUCAUGAAAGCAAAGAACUCCGAGAGAGAGUCUCUGAAUUAGAGCUGCAACUGAAUGACCCAACCCAAGCUAGUUAUGCAUUGCGAGCAGAAGUCCAAGCCUUAACCAACCAGACCAAUCGACAGAAAAGGUCCCUGGUGCAGGUCAAAGAUGAGCUCCAAGAUUUGAAGGAGGAGAGAGCUGCAUCUAAGGCAGGGUAUCAGCAACAAUUAGCCCACCAGGCUCAGGAAAUACAGUCCAAGGAUACCCUUCUGCAAGAGAGGAACAAGAAAUUGGAGGUUCAGGCAGCUCAACUGGAAACUCAAGCAGCUGAACUGAGGGCUCUGAAAGCAGAACUAUCCCAGUCUCGAGCGGCUCUGACGGGAGUAUCCACGGCCUUGGCGGUCUAUCGGGAAGGAGAGAGUGAUCGUUGCCUUUAA